UAAUAUUUGACAUUUGCUGGUUGAUAUCAUUUCGGGUGUAACUACGUUUACACACCAAUUGUUAUUGAAUCGACACGUGUGAUUAUAGUUGGACACGUAUUUUUGCUUUUGUGAAUGACUUAAUUAGCUGCUGAGAAUAAGAUGUGUUUUACCAACUCGCACUGACAACUUCAUAAAAAAAAUCUUGGUUUCACUUUCAUUAGUGCGAUCAUACGAUGUUCAACAGCUAUGCAUUUGGUUCGAGGUGCUAACGUAUAAUAGCUUAUACAACAAGGAACAGUAUAUACUUCCUCGUCCAAAGAAAAACACACGCCGAGUUUGUUUCGAAGCAUGGGCCAUGGCGACAUCCAGCAAUGAUAAAGAAAGCACCGUGGACCUUCUCCAGACUGAUGAACAUGUCAGUUUAGUGCCCGCCCAGCCACAGUCAUCCUGGGACCCCUGUCAGAGCACUGACUGGGAUAAUGAGUCUCCCACCACACAAUGUAUCCUCCGUAUCAAAAGGGACAUAAUGACAAUAUUUAACGAGCCCCCACCCGGCAUUAUCAUUAUCCCAGACAAGGAUGACAUCACUAAGAUUCAUGCCUUAAUCACUGGACCCUUUGACACCCCAUACGAAGGUGGAUUCUUCUGUUUCUUAAUCCGUUGUCCGCCUGACUACCCCAUACGACCUCCAAGGGUCAAACUCCUGACCACAGGUGACAAACAAGUUCGAUUUAACCCAAACUUCUAUAAGAACGGCAAAGUGUGUCUCAGUAUAUUAGGUACCUGGUCUGGGCCUGCCUGGAGUCCUGCCCAGAGCUUAUCUAGUGUACUGAUAUCCAUGCAGUCUCUGAUGAAUGAGAAACCUUAUCACAAUGAACCUGGAUUUGAAAAGGAAAGAAAUUUCGGAGAUGCCAAACGAUACAAUGACAUAAUUCGCCAUGAGACGUUGAGGGUGGCAGUAUGCGACAUGUUGGAAGGCAAAUGCACCUGUCCCCAGAGCCUACAAGAGGUCAUGGAAACAUCUUUCCCAGAUUACUUUGAGUAUUAUGAAUCCAUCUGUAAAAAACACCAGGACAUGCAAGGACUGACAAUGCAGGAUCCUUUUGGAGAGAAGAGAGGUGUGUUUGAUUUCUCUAGUAUAUUGAAAAGACUUGUGGCAAUUCAAAAGGAACUAUCAGACAAAAUAGACAAUUGUUCAACAGACGAGACUUCAGAUAUGGAACAGAGCUGAUAAAGCAUUACAGUUGAAAGCUUUUGAACGACCCGGACAUUCUAAUUCACUGUCUCGCACAAGAUUACAUAGAAACAGGACCAAAUAUAGCCACAACUAUUUCUGUUCUUCUGGGACGGUUCGUUACACCAUGUUCAACCUUAAAGACCAUUUAGAGAAGGUUCCUGCUGCUGUGUGAUUAUAUUAUGUCAUUCCCUCUCAUUCUAUAAUCACUGUAGCCAUCAUCAUUUUAUUAAUGUACAUUGAGUUUCAUUUGAUAUUAUUCUGACUUUCUGUGAUGGUUUUGAUAGGGAUUUCCGUGAUGUUUAUAGAUAGAAUGUCUAAUUUGAUUAAAUCCGUGAUUUUUAUAGAGAGAAUGUCUAAUUUGAUUAAAUCCGUGAUUUUUAUAGAGAGAAUGUCUAAUUUGAUUAAAUCCGUGAUUUUUAUAGAGAGAAUGUCUAAUUUAAUUAGAUUUAUGUGUUCCCUUUGCUAUGCAAUUUUUGUACAUUGUACUUUGAAGUUGUAGUACCUAGCUUGAAUUAUUUUAACUAUACAUAGUUCCGGACAAAUAUUUCUCAUGUAUCAGUUUAUACCUAUACUGUCAUUGUAUGUAGGUUCAAGCUAUUCUUUUCACAUCGAAAUGAAAUGAACCUUUAUUGAACUUCAUUUAUGCAUUCAACAAACAACAUACGCCCUGAAGAAAUUUAUUUAGAUGCGACUAAUGGAACAAAAGUUGUUUUUGAUGAAGUUUGAGGAAAACUGGUGUGGCAUUGGGACGGAAGCAAAAAAUCUGACUGAUGUCAUCCCUGCCGUCAGUGCAUCUUGAAUAUGUUCUUAAGGAAGAGUGAUCCGAAGUUCACGCCUAACUGCACUAAAUACGAGAGUAUUCUUCUGUUGGUGUAUUAUCAAUCACAGCAACUGUGGCACUGGAAAUGAUCGCUACCUUGUUUAAAACUUUGUAUCCGUUUGUUUGUGUAUAGAAAUCCUCAUCUUCAUCCUGUAUAUUGACAACAUUUCAUUCUGGUUAAUGUAUGAUGUUUAUACUCCGAAACAGGAUAAUUAGUUAUAGAUCUUUAUAAUUCCCUGCUGUGAAUUCAUGUAGAAUCUUCCUUCAGUGACCUUUAAUGAACCCUGUGAUGUAACCUGUGAAUCAGACCAUAAUGUUUGUUGUUCAGAUGUGCAAGACUUUUUCCGCAAUGGAUAAGAUCAUGUAGUGUAUGUUAUUGAUGAAAUAUUUUUUUAUGUCCCUGCCACAGGGUGGUUAGAGGCAUGACAUAUUACCUUAUUGCUCUUCUAUCAGAAAUUUAAUUCCGCAUGCGCUCACUAAUGACAAGAUACUGGUAUCUUAAAUGAAAGGUCGUUCAGGAUAUACACCAAUGAUGUUCACUUAAUAUUUUUGUAUUUGGAGUUAUUUAGUAAAUUUUAGAUUUUGCAUAUCUCUAUUUAUUUCAAACCAAGAAGAGAGUCAUACAUGUUUCAUGUUCUUUGAAUACAACAUAUUCUUAGUGGGCAAAUAUCAUUCUGGAAAAUGUACAUUUUUGAAUUUUUUUUUAUACAUGGAAAUCUUCAAUUUUAGAUUUAAUUUUAGAUCGAGUAUAAAGGAAUACAAUAGUUGAGGUGAUUUUAGUUUUCUAUAAUAGGGUAGAUGAAUAUGGAUCAAAAUCUUUAGUUAACUAUUUUAUGAUUCUAUUAAACAUUUCGUUAUUUCUGGAUAAUUCUUACUUCCAAUAUUUCUAAAGAACUGCUGAUGGUAUCACCAUGAAACUUUAGUUUUGCAAGCCAGAUUUUAUAUGGAUAUUCAAGAUGGCUCUCUGUUGCUACUUUCGGUUUUUGACAUUUGAAAUUUGUUACCACUAUUCUAUGAACGAAUGACAUGAUCCUCUUGAAUCUUUUGGGACAUGUUGAGUAUUUGGGUUAAGAUGUGCAUACUACAUUUUGAACAUUUGAUAUUCAUGAUGGCUGAUAGCUGUCAUGUUGAAAAUUAGGGACAUGAUCAGUAAGGGAUCAAUUUAGUGCCCCAUAUCAGAGAUACGGGUGUCUUAUAGUAAUCACUCUGUCUGUCCACAAAUUUUGUUCCCGCCUGAAAACUUUUUACACACUUAGGUCAAAAGUCAUUAGUCCAAAUUUGGCAUCUUUUACUGAUUAACAUUUUAUUAUGACACUAUGAAGCAAAUUUUGGCAGAAUUAAACAAGAACAUGCAGUCAGCUGACUAGACAUCAAGGUCACUAGGUCAGAUGUCAAGGUCAAAUUUUGUGUCUUUACUGAUGAAGAUUUCGCCAUGACAUAAUGAAUCAAACAAGGAGUCAGCUGACUAAAGGCCAAGGUCACUGGGUCAAAGGUCAACGUCAAGUUUUACUGAUGAAGAUUUUGAUUUGACAUAAUGAAGCAAAAGUUGGGCAAAAUUAAACAAGAAUCAACUGACCAAACGUUAAAGUCACUGGUUUAAUAAGGCAAAUCCAAGCUAACAAAUGAGCAUUAUACUGGUAAUUUCAUUUUCAUUGUCAAGUUCUUUGGGGGUGGAUUUGUAUAAUGUAUAUUUUGCUCCCUUGUGAUUGUUUUCAAGUCCAAAUGUCAAACAUGUCAACCUCUGCAAUAUGGGCUUCUUGAUGAUUGUGACGGGUAUAUUGCCACAUGACAGGGUCCCUACCGACCUGUAAGUGAUUUAUUUUGAUAUACAAAAAUUAAAAUUGUACAAGAUGGCCACCAGUAACAAUUUUGAUAUCUGAAGUUUGUUAUUGCUCUUUAAGGAAUACUUGUUGUGCAUCUUGAGCCUAAUUGAAUAUUCAAAAUGGCCACCAGCUUUUGAAUUUAGACACUAUUUAUGCUAGUUUCUUUUUACAUUAUACGGGUCAAUAGGUUGAAUGUACUCACUACACAAAACAGAUUAAGUUCUAGAAUUUGUAACUGCAGUGUACAUGAUUCAUUCAUUAUUGAAUGGGAAUACAUGUAAACUAGAUAAUUCAGAGAUAAAUUUACUCACAUAGGGUCAAUUAACAUUAUCGAUGGAGCAGAUCUAUUGUAGAUUUGAUGUAUAGAAAUGAUUUUGCCAGUCAAUAUUCUGUAAAUUAUUUGUUGUAAAUUUAAUGUUCCUGUACCUCUUGUAAAUAAUAUCCAGCUGUAUGUGAUGUGGCUGUGAAGUAAUAGUUCUACAGGUAACAAUGGAGGCUCUUUGACCCAGCCUGACCUCUGACCUCAGCUUAAUAGGGUCAACUUCAACCAGUAGAUUUUGUACAUGAUCAGCAGAGGCAAAACCUUUGUUGGAUAGUGGGACAACAGCUUAAGAAUUAACAAUGGAAGACGUUGAUAUGGUAAUAAAAAGGAUGAAUCAGCAGAGUUAGUAAUCACUGGUAUUUUGAUGAUUUUUACUUUCCUUCUCUUCAUCUUCAUUAUUGAUACAGUAUUACUAUUUUGAAAUAAAAGAAUAUGAAAUUUCAAUUUCUUUUGAAAUUAACUUUUGAUGGAAGAUGGGGUUUAGUGGAAUCUGUACAAAACCACAGGGACUUGUCACAAAUUCCCAAUCUACAGUACAAUAUAUGUACAUAUAAUAUAUGCACACAUGUACAACUACAUACAUGCGAUUGGAAAUUUAUGCCAUGUUCCUGUGAACAAUAUCAUACAACAUUGUUACGUCUGAUAUGUUAUAAAAUCAUUUUAUACUGAUAAAUAAUCACAAACAUGAACACAGCCACCGUACUAUUAUAAUAUAUUACUUUUAAUAAUUAAUGUUAUAUAUGACAGCAUUUCAAUCAACUUUGAAUUUUUUUUGUGCUUUUGUUUACUUCAUUCCACUAGCACACAUACAUGUAUACACUGAUUAUAUAUAUAUAUAUAUAUAUUAAAUUUGAAUUUCUAUGAAAUUUGUAUAUAUACAUAAAUAACUGGUAGGGACUGCCAGAUUGAUGGAGCCCUGGGUUCAGCAUCACCAAACAUUCAACACAACAUUAUAAUUGCAUAGCAUUAGGCGAUAUACACAUACAGUAUAUAAGAUAAUGAUAAUACAUUGUAAUAAGCAGCAUAUAGGUUUGGUGUAUUCUUCAAGUCAACUUGUUUGUACUCCGCAAACUUUAAAAAAAAAGUAAAGCAUUCUAGCAGAUAUUGAUGAGUACAUAAUAUGGCUAUACCUGUUGUUUCCCCGAGUUCAGUUCUAAUAUACAAUUAUAUCUUAAAUGCACGAUAUAUUUAAGCAACCAUGGCAAAAUAGUCUUAUUGAUUGUAGUAAAGUGUAUUGCAACUUUUCCCUUUCUGGGCUCAUAACACCAGUAUGCUUCAUAGCAAGUCCAAUAAAGAUCAAUUUAUACCAAGUACAUGUAUGUGCUUAUAGGGUUUGGCGUUGGUAGAGAACUAUCCCAGUAUUAUUGUUAUUUUGAUCUUCACACCUAGGAACUAUAUGUAACUUUACAGCCUGUGCUCACGCUAAAUUAAACAACUUUAUAGGAAAAGUUGUUUAAUGUAUGUUUUUUUCCCUUUUGACCAACCAAUAUUUUAAAAUUUGUAUUUUACAUCCUUUAUAUGCUGAAUGGAACCAAUUCUAGAAGUUGUUGAAGUAAGUUUUUCCAAAAACAAAGAAUUCAAGGUUGGAGCGAUAAUUAUUUCUAUAUGGAAUUUGUUUUCAGUAUUUAAAUAAGAAAAGAAACAAAUUAUGAAUCUAUAACCAAUGCUGGUAUUUCAAUUUCAAAAUCCACAAGAACAACAAAGAAAUUUUACUUGACUGAGUGGCUUUUAUUAUUCUGAAAUGUAAAAUCAUAAUGCUAUUGUAUGACAAGAAAUAAUAAUACUUUGAAUGCUAAGAUAUAUUAAAAGUGUAUAUUAAUUUUUCUUAAUUCUCAAUUCUUAACUCUUGUAUGUCCUCAUCGUUAAAAUCAAUUUGUGUGGGUAAGUCAACAAACAAUACAAUACAUAUUUUAGAUCUAAAUGUCUAAUGGUAGCCAACUCAGUAUCUGAUGGUGUCUCCAGUAAAAACACAUUGGCCAUUCACAGGGAAGGUGUUUGGAGGGAAAUCAUCUAAAAAUGUUUAGUUUAGAGCAAUAUUUGACUGAUUUUGACUCAACAGUUGCAUUUCUGUUAAAAACAUGCUAUAAAGAAGACAGAGAUGAGU